GGGCUUACUUCCGAGGCAGACGCGGAAGUGCUGGGAGGCCCGGUGGCUGAGGUCGGUUGCCGGACUUCUGGCCCGGCCUUUCGCCUUGGGAAAGUUCUGGAGGGGUAGAUUCCUAAGAAGCCGGCUUCCGGCAACCCAGACGAGACGAAGCCGGCGCUCCUCGGCCUGGGAGCCGAUGCCGGCCGCGCCCUGGAGGCCCCGUAGCGGGGCCGGACGAUGAGCCUGCUGGGCGGCCCGGCCUCCUCGCCGCGGGCCCCGCUGCAGUCCAGCAAGGCCAGGAUGAAAAAGCUCCCGAAGAAGAGCCAGAACGAGAAGUACCGGCUCAAGUACCUGCGGCUGCGCAAAGCAGCCAAAGCCACCGUGUUUGAAAAUGCUGCUAUUUGUGAUGAAAUUGCUCGUCUUGAGGAAAAAUUUCUUAAAGCAAAAGAAGAAAGACGGUAUUUGCUAAAGAAGCUCCUCCAGCUUCAGGCUCUAACUGAAAGCGAGGUACAGGCCGCAGCGCCUUCCCACAGCUCCAGUGUGCCCCUAACUUACGGCGUGGCCGGCUCUGUGGGAGCCAUACAGGGAGCUGGGCCCAUCUCUGGGCCCAGCGCUGGGGCUGAGGAACCGUUUGGGAAGAAAUCCAAGAAGGAGAAAAAAGAAAAAGGCAAAGAGAACAACAAACUGGAAGUUCUGAAGAAAACUCCAAAAAAGAAAAUGGAGGGAGGUGCUCGCAAGCUGGUUCAGCCCAUUGCCCUGGAUCCCUCAGGACGGCCUGUGUUCCCCAUCGGACUGGGGGGUCUAACAGUAUAUAGCCUGGGGGAGAUCAUCACCGACCGACCUGGCUUCCAUGAUGAGAGUGCCAUCUACCCUGUUGGCUACUGCAGUACUCGGAUAUAUGCCAGCAUGAAGUGCCCAGACCAGAAGUGUCUGUAUACCUGUCAGAUCAAGGAUGGUGGCAUGCAACCCCAGUUUGAAAUUGUUCCCGAAGAUGACCCCCAGAAUGCCAUUGUCACCUCUUCUGCAGAUGCCUGUCAUGCAGAACUGCUCAAGACCAUAAGUAUUACUAUGGGGAAACUAAUGCCCAACCUGCUUCCAUCUGGAGCUGACUUUUUUGGGUUUUCUCACCCAACUAUUCACAACCUGAUCCAGAGUUGUCCAGGAGCUCGAAAAUGUAUCAAUUACCAGUGGGUGAAGUUUGAUAUAUGGAAACCUGGAGAUGGGCAGCCGCCCCAGGGACCACCAGAGGAUGAUGCAAGUAUAAGCUUUGAAGCCUUUCAGAGACAGGCCUUUGAUGAAGAUCGUACUGAUCCCAUUCUGCAAGGAUCCUUGGACCUUCCAGAGCUUCAGCCCACGGCCUUCGUGUCUUCUUAUCAACCCAUGUUCCUGACGCAUGAACCCCUGGUAGACACUCACCUACAGCACCUGAAGUCUCUGUCCCAGUGUAGCCCAACUCAGUCUUCAGAUUGAUCAGGAAGGGGUCAGAUGCCACAUCAUUUAACUUAAAGUAAAACUUAGAAUAUGGAAGAAGGCAGCAGUUCAGGAACGAAGGAGAUACACAUUUUGUUACCGAGGUUCCUGUGGUGACAGUGUUCCCUUGGAAAAACUGCAGCUGCUUUAUUUUUAGCAAUAAAUUUCUCUUUACAAAUCUGCUUAUUUUCAUCUCAUUGUGAUCAGGAUUUUUUUCUUUCUUUUUUUUUUUUUUUUUUUGCUUAGCUCUGCCCGAAGUGGUAGAGCAAACCUAAGUGUUCUAUAAGCCGGAAUGAGAACAGGCUGCAGACUCAGGAGGGAGAGGUGGGAGGAGUCCCAGCCUUCCACCUGGAUUCUGAUCCUAGCUCCAGGAAUGAAGGCCCAGCCCCUGCUACCCCAGCAGCUGCUUCAUUUCUAUGUCUGGACGAUCACAGUCCAGUCUGCUUCUCCCCAAGCCAGAGAGGCUGGCCAAGGCAUGCCGUUCAUCUUUUUCUUCACACUUCAUAUCCUUCAAGGGAAACAAAAAGUCCUCUGUAAUACUUCCUACCGGCUCUUUGCCGUUCCUUACCCGAGAAUGUGCUUGUAGCUGAAUACGUUGAAUCCACAUGAUGGCACAGAUACAACAUGCCGGGAGGGCAGGGGCGCUCCCACCCUCCCUAACAGGCUCACCCAGUCACUUCACUAGCUCUGUAAUAACUUGACUCCGUAUUUUGUGCAACCGAAUGUGUUGGACCCUGCCCGUGGCACUAAGGUACAGGUUUACCGCAUCACCCCAUCUGGACCCCAGCAGUACCGCAUGGGAGGCCUGCUGUCCGUCCAACCAGGGACCGGGACAGCUGGAAGGAAGCAACAGAAGGACCCCAGAAGGAGGAGAACGAGGAAGGAGUGUCAGUUGUCACUGUGCUGCAGUUCGUAGCUGCUGACCAGGGACAACACGAAGGGGUUUGUUUCCUAGGAACAGAUGGGCAGCAGAAGUAUCAGAAACGAAAGUUAACUGCUAGUAAUUGUAUGGCUCUUAA